AACCGAACAUCAGCGACCGCGUCAGGUCCGCGUCUAAAAUGGCGGCUGUUAACGGUGAAAACGUGGUCGAAGAAACGAAGGCAAAAGCUAAAGUUUGGACGCAAGAUCAGGAGCUGAAGCUAUUGCAAAAUGUGGAAAAUCACUUGCAAAAUUCUGAAAGAGUGAAAGAUAUUUACGUUAAGGACAUCGUGUGGAGUAAAAUUGCGUUUGAAGACUUUGACGAACAUGAUGUCCAUAAACGUUGGAAUGCCUUAACCUCCAAGAUUCGUAAAAUGAGAACAGCAAAAGAGAUUUUAGAGGAUGCUAAAAUAAAGGUAGCUGACAAGGAGGAUGACGUGAAGUCCAGGAAGAGGAAAAGAGACGACAAAGAUCCCGCUUUCCCGAAAACGCCGCUCACCUCUUACCUCAUCUUUUGUGAGGAGAAGCGGCCUCGUUUAGCCCAGCAAUACGCAAACCUCAGCAGUAAAGAACUGACGACAAAAUUAGCCAAGAAAUGGCAAAAGCUCAGUGACCAGAAGAAACAAAAAUAUCAGGAUAUUUACUGGGAAAAUAGGAAGAAAUUUGAUCACGACAUCACACAGUAUUUUAUUGAGCACUAUCCAGAUGAAAAGCCACCGAAAACAGCGUUUGAGCUCUGGUCUGAGAGCAAGGAAAAAGAGAUGAAGAAAGAUCGACCGGAUAUGUCUCAGAAGAAGUUAAAUAAGAAAAUAAAGAAAUAUUGGGAGAAACUAGAAGAGAGCGAAAAAGAAAAAUGGGAAAAGAAAGCAAAGCGUGAGGUAACAAGGUAUAUUAAAAAAAUGAAAAAGAAGGUAUAAGAUUUAAAAAAAAAAAGUGAAAGAAGGGUAUCCGCCGGUUUCACUAUCUGUCGAGUCCAGUACGUUCGACUUCGCUACAUGUUCACUACCCACAACUUCCAGCUCACUGCCUAUUUAGUUUGCAUUGUUUAUUAUCAAUAAAACUAAAACUUUGUGAAACAAAAAUAAAAUGUAUAGACCUAAGACCUCACACACAUAUGGAUUAUUCCUCUUUCUCUCAUCCACUGCCAAGCCAAACUUGGUUAGUUGAGGUAGUGAACUCGACUGGUGGAUAGCAAACAUGUAGCAAACUCAAACCUUGCGAACUUGGCAGGUAGCAAAACCUGUGUAAAUCGAUAGAAGGAAGAGAUGACUAUAUGUCACCAAAGGCUGUCCAGACUUUGCAUACAUUCCAGGUGAUAUUGUGAUUUUGGGAAAAUACACAAAAAUUGCUCUAUUGAAAUGUUAUGUUUUGAAAUGAUCUUAAUAAUUUUGACUUAUCUUUUGUCUGUCUUGUUUUAAUUUAAUGUUUCUUUAUUCCUGGAGCCAGGUUAAAGCCAUUUAGGAGACUUACGCUGUCUGGGAUUUUGCUCCGUAAUCUGGCUUUAGGAACAGUGAAAUGUUAAUAUUAUGCUGUAAAUUAUGUCAGACAUACAGUAAGUCACAUCUAGAGAAACUCUUUUUGAAAUAUAUAGCAUUUAGGGCAAUUGUUGUGAAUUUUCAUACAUUGUCUAAAAUGGCUGAUCUAAACACAGGGGGCCCACACAAGCGGUGUGUCUGUUUGUAUGUUCAAAAUAUAAAGAAAUGUAUGGGAAUAUUGAAGAUUCUUAAUAUCAUAAACUUAUAUCAAGUAAUGUCUAUAUUAAAGCUCAAUAUAAACGUAAACCUAUCUCAGUUGAUAAGUUAAUAAAGAUGGUGAAUUUUAAGCUCAGUAAUGAAAUGUGAAGGUGAAUUAAUCAACAUG